AUGAUGAUGAACGCUUUCAUGGACGGUGGUUCGUCGGCGGCCCACCAUUCGCACCUGGCGACGUUCGGCAUUAAAAUGUCGCCGGACCAUCUGGAGCAGAGCAGUGAGAUCGAGUCGUCGGCCAGUUCGGUGGCGAGCGCCAGUUUGGCGGCUGCUGCUGCGGCCGCCGCCGCCGGAAUGCUUCCACCCGGGGCCGGUUCUGUUUCCGGUUCCGGCUCCAGUGGGUCCGGUUCGUCCAACGCGAACGCCGGAGAUGCCACGAUGUUCUACCACCAUCAUCCGCACGCUCACCACCACCAUCAGCAGGGAAGCGGCUCAGGCAAUGGGUCGGGUGGAGGCGGUAGUGGUGGUGGAGCUGGUGGGGCAGGUGGUGGUGGGGCAUACAACUCGCACCACCUUUCGCCACCCUCCCACAUGUCGUCGCACGCCAUGGCGCCGUACCAUUCGCGGGAUUUCCUUUCCCUCAAGCGCGACAACGACUACUUCAGCUCGGCGGCGGUGGCGUCGAGUGCGGCGGUGGCGGCAGCGGCAACCGGGGCCACUGACCCCGCAUCCCUGUUCGCCCAUGAGAGCCCCCUCAAUGCGCACCACACCGCCGCCAUCGGACACCAUCCGUUCCACGCCGGAGCGCACUCGAUGAGGGCGAUGGCCGCGGCCGGGUUGGCGUCCGCCGGGGACUACACACACCCGUACGCACACCACGCCGCACACCAUGCCGCCCACCACCAGGGUCAGUACGCGUCGGCCAUGCACCAUCACCACCAGCACCACCCGCUCGCCAACCUGCCCGUCAACCCGGGCACAUCCGGGGCCUUCUUCCGGUACAUGCGCCACCCGCCGGCCAUCAAGCAGGAGAUGCAGUGCCUCUGGGUCGAACCGGAACUGCCCCCGCACCAUCCGCAUCAUCCGCAUCACCACCACCACCACCACCUCGGGCUCGGACUGACGGCGCUGGCGGCGGGACUCGGCGGUGGCGGGACCGGUGGGGCCGACGGCGGCAGUCGCAAGACGUGCAACAAGAUCUUCAGCUCGAUGCAGGAGAUCGUGACGCACCUGACGGUGGACCACGUCGGCGGGCCGGAGUGCACGACCCACGCCUGCUUCUGGCUCGGCUGCACGCGUAACGGACGCCCCUUCAAGGCGAAGUACAAGCUGGUCAACCACAUCCGCGUACACACGGGCGAAAAGCCCUUCCCGUGCCCGUUUCCGGCCUGCGGCAAGGUCUUUGCCCGCUCCGAGAACCUCAAGAUCCACAAACGAACGCACACCGGUGAAAAGCCGUUCAAGUGCGAGCAUGAAGGAUGCGAUAGGCGAUUCGCUAAUUCCUCCGAUCGAAAGAAACAUUCACACGUCCAUACAUCUGAUAAGCCGUAUAACUGUCGUGUUAAUGGUUGUGAUAAAUCUUACACUCAUCCAUCAUCGCUGCGGAAACACAUGAAGGUCCACGGAAGUUUGGGUGAGAAGUCUCCAUCGCACAACUUCGACAGCGAUGGCGAGGAGUCCGACUCGGAGAGUGUCAUCUCGGGCGGCACGCAGACACCUCCAUCGAUCGGUCGGUUGCACGAAGGCCAGCAUAAUGGUCACAGCGUGAGUAAGCUGAGCGCCAGCGCCUCCGACUCCCUGCACGGCAACAACAACAACAACAACAACAGCAGUAGCAACAACAACAACAACACCAGCUCGAGCAACGGGAAUGGAAGCAGUAGCGGCAACAACGUGAACAAUAGCAGCUCCUCGAAGUCCACGUCUUCCAGCCUCCUCUCGCCGGUCAGUGGAAGCGGCGGUGGUGGUGGUGGUGGAGGUAGUGGAGGCGGUGGCGGAAGUGGUGGCACAUCCUCGUCCGGCUCGUCCUCCCUGCUGAGCCAAAGUCAGCAUCAUAAUCUGCACUCAUCGUCGGCGCAUCACUCACACCAACAUCACCUGGCGUCGCUGCAGAACCAUGCGACCAGUCUGGCCCCGCCGCCGCCCCAGCUCCCGCUCACCCCGGCCUCCUCCGUGUCCCCGCAGGCGACCACCCCCUCGUCGAUGCUCGUCGGCCAUCACCACAACCCGCACCACCUGCUGUACCACCACCCGCAGCAUCAUCCCAACGAAUGGUACUCGCCGACGCCACCCGCCGGUCCGGACACGAUGAAUCAUCUGAACCACUUCAGCCACCACCACCACCAUCACCACCUGGUGCACCACGGGCCCACGACGGCCUAUUGA